GGAGGAGGAGGGGGCAGGCGAAGCGGUGCCGGGCCCUUUUGCUUCCUCCUCUCCAGGCUGCCCUCACUCCCCCUCCGAGUGGGGAGAGGAGAAGACAGGGCCUCCUUCCUCCCUCCCUCCCUUUCUCCUUCCUUCCUUCUUUCUCUCCUUCCUCCUUUCCCUCCCCUUUCUGCUUGUGUGACAGUUGCCAAGGGAGGCGGAGCUGGCCAGGAGGGAGCCCAACCAAGCCCGCCUUGCAGCCCCUCUUCGUCCGCCCAGGCUUCGGCCCCGAGGCAGAGAGAGGGAGAGAGAGAGAGAGGGAGACCCCUUGCCUUGCCUUGCCUUGCCUUCCCCUGGCUUCUCUCUCCCUCCUCGGCUCCUGCUGCUGCAGCCCGCUGCGGGGAUGUGCCAUUGCCAUGGCCAGGAGGCUGUUCGCCGGGGCCUGGCUCAGGAAGCCCUACUACGGCCAGGGCCGCCUCUCUUAUAUGCGGAUGAAAUAUCUCUUCUUUUCUUGGCUUGGAGUAUUCGUUGGCAGCUGGAUUAUUUAUGUUCAGUAUUCCUCUUACACAGAACUUUGCAGAGGACAUGACUGCAAGAAAAUAAUAUGUGAUAAGUACAAGACUGGCGUUAUAGACGGAUCUGCUUGUAGUAGCCUUUGUACAAGACAAACACUGUAUUUUGGGAAAUGUUUGUCAACCAAACCCAACAAUCAGAUGUAUUUAGGAGCUUGGGGAAAUCUCCAAGGUGUUAUCAAAUGCCAGAUGGAAGAAAUUGCUCACAUUGAUCUCAGAACUGAGCUAGAACCAAGAAAGGAAACUAUUCUGUUUGAUAAACCAACGAGAGGAACUACUGUUCAGAAGUUCAAGGAGAUGGUCUAUGGCCUUUUUAAAGAAAAACUAGGUGAGCAAGGAAAUCUUCCCGAGUUGGUUAAUCUCAUCUUGUCUGUUGCUGAUGGGAACAAAGAUGGCCGGGUUUCUUUGCCAGAAGCAAAGUCAGCAUGGGCCCUUCUUCAGCUGAAUGAGUUUCUGCUCAUGGUAAUACUCCAGGAUAAAGAGCAUACUCCCAAACUGUUGGGAUUUUGUGGGGAUCUUUAUGUGAUGGAAAAAGUGGAAUAUACCUCUCUCUUUGGAAUAAGUCUUCCAUGGGUCAUAGAACUUUUUCUUCCCUCCGGCUUCAGAAGAAGCAUAGAUCAGUGGUUUACUCCAUCGUGGCCUCGAAAGGCAAAAAUAGCCAUAGGGCUUCUAGAAUUUGUGGAAGACAUUUUCCACGGACCGUAUGGGAACUUCCUUAUGUGUGAAACGAGUGCCAAAAACUUGGGUUACAACGAUAAAUAUGACUUAAAAAUGGUGGAUAUGCGAAAAAUAGUGCCGGAAAUGAAUUUGAAAGAACUAAUUAAAGAUCGUCACUGUGAGUCUGAUCUGGAUUGCGUGUAUGGGUCAGACUGUAGAACUGUAUGUGACCAAAGUAAAAUGAAAUGUACUGCAGACAUCAUUCAGCCAAACCUAGCCAAGGUGUGCCAGUUGCUUAAAGACUACUUGCUUCGUGGGGCUCCGCUGGAAAUACAUGAAGAGUUAGAAAAGCAACUGUACUCGUGCAUUGCUUUGAAAGUUUCAGCAAACCAGAUGGAAAUGGAGCAUUCCUUAAUACUUAACAACCUGAAAACUCUACUGUGGAAGAAAAUAUCUCAUACAAAUGAUUCUUAAGUUUCUUUGUCUCGCAAGGCGACACCAUUGCUGCUGUAGGAGUUGACCACUUGGUGUGAAAAGUAGCUUCGAGAUCUCAAAUGUUCUUUAUUUAGCCUCCAUCUUUCAUCAGUCCUCCUUCAAACACUGCCGCCAGUGAUUUUUUUUCCAGUUGGAAAAUGAUGUAUGUUCUCUAAAUAUCUAUCUGGCAGAGACUACUGAAGCCAUAUGGCUAUAUAACACUCCCAUUUGGGGAAGAGUACAGAUUCUGUGUGCUCCUCUUGCCCUUACAUAAGUUAAGAUAGUUGGAGAAGGGCAUCUUGGAUCUGUGGGAACACGGUCAAUAUGAACUUAGUUUUCUGAGCCAAACUUGCACAUUUCACAGAAAGCACUUGGUACACUCCCAGGAGGUCUGUCCCACUUUGGAAGGCAAGUGAGAGAUCAAGUUGGAGCAGCUCAUCCUUUGGAGAAAAAGAAACACAUUCUUUGCACGUAGAAAAUUUAGUAUUUCAAAUAAAGAGUUAUUAGAUCAGUGUGACCCCUGUUGUGUUAGGCAGGGUGUCUGUUUGAAAUGGAAGAGUACUAAAAUACAUGUCCCACCUGCAUUUAGACAGUCCCUAAAUUACAAACAUCCAACUUACAAAUUAUUCGUAGUUAAGAUAGGGGGUGAGACAACAGGAAGUGAGAGAAAUAUACCCCUCAAAAGGGAAAUUCACUCCAAGAAGAUUCAGCAUGGGGGAAAGGUGUCUCCACUGAAGCUUUAUCACCAAUCAUUGUUUCUACAUCAAGCCAUUUCUUUUUUCAAAAUCCAGUUAUCACAGGGACAGAAAGUAAGGUGAAAUCUUAUGAGCAGGGGCAGAGACAGCAAAACGAACACCACAGGGGUGUUAACCCUCCCUAUACUAUCCAAAGCAUAUAUAUAUAGAGAGAGAGAGAGAGAGAGAGAGAGAAAGAGAGAGAAGGUUUCCCCUGACAUUAAGUCUAGUGGAGUCCGACUCUGGGGGUGGUGCUCAUCUCCAUUUCUAAGCCGAAGAGCCGACUUUGUCCAUAGACAACUCUAAGGUCUUGUGGCUGGCAUGACUGCAAGGAGCACUGUUACCUUCCCACAGAAGCGAUACCUAUCGAUCUCACAUUUGCCUGUUUUCAAACUGCUAGGUUGGCAGAAGCUGGGGCUAACAGCGGGAGCUCACCCACUCCCCAGAUAUGACCUUUCGGUCAGCAAGUUCAGCAGCUCAGCAGUUUAACCCACAUUGCCACCAGGGGGCCUCCCCCCCCCUCUCUCUAUAUAUAUAUGGCUGGAAUUACACUUCAAAUAUACCUGUUCUGACUUACAUACAAACUAUAGAACUAUCUUGUUUGUAACUUGGGGACUGCCUGUGAUGGACUAAAGAGACCUGGGGUUUUGAAAAACUGCUGUGCAAAGUUUCCAUUGUUUUUUCCACACUUUAUUUUCUUAUCACACCACUCCUUGACUAGUUAGUGGUGCUACAAAAAAAUAUCUGAGAUUUGUUUGUUUUUUAAUUGAAACAAAUUUACAAAAAAAAAAAGAAGAAGCCCAAAACUUAUCACUACUAGAAACAAGCAUGGCAGAAUCCAAGCGACUGUUUGUAAAUUAAAUGAAUAUUUGGGGUGGGGGGUGUUUACUAACCUUAGCAUGGCAGAAUUUGCACAUUUGUGAUUUUUAAGAAAGAAAGGCAGCGUGACAAUUCAAAAUGUUUUGAACUGGACGUUUUUGGAACUACAACCUUUUUGUUACAUUUUUACAUUUGUAUACACAUUUACCUCAUGCGUACACUGAAUGUUACUUAGUUUGCUAAAAAUUCCUAGUUAAAAGUAGAUUUUUUAUCAUGCUAGUGGUUAAGUAUGUUAAGUGAAGCAUGUUGCCCUCGCAUACAUAAUGGAAGCAGCAAUAUUUAAGUAAAUGGAACAACAAUGUUCAUCUGGGUCUUAAUGCAAGCAAAUUUAUGCUCAAAAGACAAAGAUGAGGGCACUUAAGCUGAUGUUUUCUACAUGGGGCACUGAGAAUCAUAACUUUAAUACAACUGGUAAUCCAGUUAUGGUUGUUGCUUGAUUGUAAAAUAUUUAAAACCAUAGGGCACGGUGUGGCCAAAACUAAGUACACCCAGCAGCCCAGUUCUAUGUUCAUUGAGAGAUAAUUCCAAUACGGUUCAAUGAGAAUAUCUCCCAGGUCGGUGUAGAAAUUCAGGCCUCAUUCCCAUGAUUACCAUAGGGAUGUGAUUACUGAUAUCAAAGGAACAAAUAUGCUUAAUAUUAGUUGGAUUUUGCCCAACUGUAUUCAUAAGCAAUUAAGGCAGCAUUGUUGAAUCCCAGUUCAUUCAUGCAGAACUCAAUCCAACUAACUGUUACGGUUUUGUGGAUCAUGUAUUUCAUGCAUCAGUUUGAACAUCUAGAUAUUAUUUGCAAUGCUUAGCAGUAAGCUGAUAAUGAUCACCAUGUUUAAAUAUUUGAAAAGAUAUAUUGAGGAGGGAGCACGCCUGUUUUCUACUGCUCUAGAGAGGAAAUAAGACAAAGCAAUGGAGUCAAACUGCAGGAAAAAGGAUUCCAGCUAAACAUUUGGAAAAACUUUCUGGUGGUAAAAAAAAAUUGACAGUGAAGUAAUGUGUCCUCCGGAGGUUUUAAACAGAGGCUGGAUGUCAUCUAUCGAGAGUGAUUUGACUGUGUAUUCCUACAUGGCAGGAGAUUGGACUGUAUGGCCCUUGUGGUCUCUUUCAACUCUAGGAUGCAAAUGCUAUUACUCUAACCUGUUACAAGUAACAAUUCUGGCUGGCAUCUUGUAUUGUAGUUACAGAUUAGUUACAGAAAAUUAAUGCCCUGCCUUCAGUUAUACUAUGUAUUGAUUCAUUAUAUAUAUAUUUUAAAAAACUUGAAAAUCCAUCACUGUGGUAGAAUACAAGUGACUGCUUCUAAAUUACAAGAACUGCCGCAGUUGGAAAUGUCCCCUCCAACUCCAGGGAGUGAAAGAGAUGGGGUUAAGGGGUGAUCAAGGUGCAACAGUAUGACAUUUCCAGCCCCUUCCCACCAGAAACUGAUGCUGUGAAAACCAGGAGCCAAAUCCUGUUGCAAUUCCAUGUUGCACUGCAGAUUUUUGGAGGAAAGAAAAAGGCUGGAAACAUCAUCCCGCUGUGUCUCCGAGUGCUGGCAGAACAAACCUCUAUAAUUAGAGGAGCUGUUUGCUAAGAUAGGUUUGGGAGUCAGUUCAGGACAAGAUACACAGUUACGCAUUCGUAAUACAGGGUCUCGGCUUUUACCUGUUAAGAUGUUAUUUUGGAGAUAGCAUUUGUUGUGUGCCUUCAGGUUAUUUCCAAUAUAGGGCAACCCAAAGGCGAACCUAUCACAGAAUUCUCUUGGCUGCAUUUGUUCAGAGAGGGAUUUGCCCUUACCUUCCUCUCAGGCUGAGAGUGCGACCCAAUAGGUCUCCAUGGCUAGGCAGAUUCAAACUGAUUUCCUUGAGUCCUGCACCUUCAUCGCACUAGAGAAUGAAUCCACUUUAAAUCUGGUUUCUGCCUUCUGCUGAAUUCUGGGGUUUGUAGUUUAAUUAGGCUGUUAGUCUCCUCCUUAAACUACAAACCUCAAAAUUCUGCAGGAGGCAGCAACCGUUUCUAAAGUGGAUUCAUUCUCUAGUGUGAUGAGGUCCUGUUGUGCAACAUUCAGACCACUACACCACUAGCUGUCGAAAAUAGCAAUGAACCCCUUAAAUAAGGACCAAGUUGUUAUUUUACUUUUUCUCGGUAUAGCAAAAUAACAUGUUAUUUGGGGGGGACGGGACAAGUUCUCGGUUUAGGCUUUAGGCCAUUUUAUUUGUUUUACUUGGAUUUUUCUAAAAAGCAAUGAAAAGUAACAAAGCAAUGAAUGAAGCAGCCACUCUUUUUUAAAUAAUUGUUUUGAGUAAUUGGAACAAGCCUUUUAGUAAGUAACUUUCCAAGCACUACUUGUUUCCAAAUGUGUAAUGAACUUCUAAGACUUUAUGGUGAGCUGGCCUUUGAACAAGAUUUCCUUGUAGUAGUUUCCUAGUCUCACUUUGCUCACAAAAGAGUGAAAGUGUGUGCCUAAGAGCACUUUAAAGGAAAAAAUAAAUGGUGGCCAGUUUCAUUAUUUUGUGCAUUUCCCAAGCAAUGCCGUGAAGUCUCCAAUUCUGAAAACUUUGCAACUUUGGUCACAAAUGGAUUGUCUUUGCUCCAUAGUUCAAUACAGACAGUUCUGUCUCUUCCAGUGACAGUUUUGUCAUUGCGUGGGAGUGUUUAUGUGGAACAUUGGUGCACACUAUGAGUGACAGUAAGUCACGUUCUCCAUUCUUCAUUUAUACUUCCACGAGGGAAAAAAUGAGGGUGAUGUCUGUUAAGGUUGUCUUGUCUGGGGUUUUUUUUUUUUUUAAUCAUGCUUCUUUAUAUGUGUAUAUAAAAAUAAAUAUAAAUAAAUAAAAAUAAGCCCCUUUUUCAAACAAUGAACAUGCACUUACAAAGCAAAAUUCUUUGUUCUCCGUACCAUGCGUGAAGCAUUAAUAAUUUGCUCUAGGAUUUUGCGCAUUUUUGCCUUGUGUAAAUAUUUUACUAACAAUAUUCUUGCACAAUGUCUGCUUUGUUUUAAAAUUGACAGAUGCUCUUUUAUGGGACAGUAUUUAAUAUUUUCAGCCACUAACGAACCUAUUAUCUUACUAGGCAUGCCUAUGCCAGGUAAACCUGAAUGUCAACAACAUCAUUACUGCAAUUGCUCCAUUGUGGGGGAAAAUAUUGAGCCAAAUAUUUCUAGACAUUUGAAAUAAUUUUGGAAUAACUUGUUCAAUGCAGUUUGUACUGUAUUUCAUUUUGAUUGCUGUAAACCCAUCUUCAGGAGUUUUCAUUUUGAAUAUGAAUUGUUUACAAUAAACUGGAACUAUUUCCCCUA